ACCAAUUUGUCUGGUUUGAUUUUUUGCCCAGAGUGUUUGCGAUGGAUGAUGGAGCAGAGUCUCUGAUGACCGUGCAUCUCCUCACCCAUUUGGGACGCUCAAUCCCUCUGCAGCAAACUCUGGAUCGACUCCUGGAGUGGCUCUGCCUGGACAUUCGCCUUUUCCUGGUGUCCGAGCGAGUUCCUCCGCUGAGAUACUACGAGAGAUACCGCAGGAGGAGCUGCAGCUUUCCUGGGAUCUCCAUCCUCCUUUUCCUGCACGAGGACUUGGGAGAAGAGCGGAUCUUCCAGGUGCACGAGCAGUUCCAGCGCCCUCCCUGGCGCUGCCAGCGUGCCCAGUUUGCCAAUUCCCGCUGUGCCCUGUCCCAGCAGGAAUUCUAUGGGCUGGAGGAGCAGCUGCCCGUGUGGGGCAUCAGGCGGGUGCGCCAGGGCCCGGAGAUCCUGCGCGUCACCCUGCACUGCAGCUUCGACAACUUCGAGGACGCGGUGAGGCUGUACAAGCUGAUCCUGCGGAGGGAAGGCAGCGUGCAGAAGGGCACCCUGUGUGUGUUUGUGCUGCACUCCGGCCCACACGCGGCCGUGCAGCUGUGCCUGAGGCAGCUGCCCAUCGGGGUGACGGCCGAGCCCCCCGAGUCGGCGGCCCUGCAGUUCAAGGUGCAGGAGAUCGGGCAGCUGGUGCCCCUGCUGCCCAACCCCUGCGUGCCCAUCAGCAGCUCCAGGUGGCAAACGCAGGACUAUGAAGGAAACACAAUUCUGCUCAAGGUUCAAAGCAGCUCCAGGACCCUCGAGACAAACAUCGGGCUUUCCCAGCAGCAUGGUAACACAGGCAGUGGAAGAAUCCCGCAGGACAGUGUGCCAGCCGCUCUCGCUGUAAAACAGGGCGAUCCUGGGCGGAGGAGCCGGGAGGCCGCAGCUCCGAGGGGUAAAACCGAAUGUGCCCCCGGUGAAGCAUCCCUGGGCUCCGAGCGGGCGGGCAGUGCCCUCCGGAGGCCCCUGCGCUCUGCCCCCGGUGUGGCCGCCCCGCAGCAGGGCUGGGCAGCGCUGUGGCUGCGCGGGCGGCCGGGCCGGGCGCCGCGGGGAACCGAGACCGACGUGGACACCGGGCUGGCCGUGCGGGGCCCUGAGAGCGGCCGCUGCCCGCUGAGCCUGUUCCCCGGGGCCCUGCGGAGCAGCCUCCGGUCGCUGACAGACCCGGGAGCCGGCACCGGCAAUGCCCUGCCCGGCCCGGCGCUGCGAGCCCCGGCCCGGAGCGACGGAACCGCGCACGGAGCCCCGGCCCGGACGGACAGAGCCCCGAGCUGCAGGGACAGAACCCCGCACGGAGCCCCGGGCUGCCCCCCGCCAGCACCGGCACCGCCAGCAGCGGACGAGGAGCAGGAAUUCUAUAUAUGA